AUGCUAUCUCUGUCCAUCUCUCUCUCUCUCUCUCUCUCUCUUCAUUUACUUAUCAUACAAACCUUAGGCCCGCUCACAUUUUUAACCUCCAAUUUGGACGUACACUUCUUUAUACCAACUCAGCUUUAUACCAAAUCUUUUUAUGCCAACUCUUCUUUAUACGAACUGUCCUUUAUACCAAAUCUUUUUAUACAAAUUUUUCUUUAUACCAACUUUUCUUUAUGUCAAAUCUCUUUAUACCAAAUCAUUUUUCUACUAACUCUUCUUUAUAUCAAAUCUUCUUUAUACCAACUCUUAUUUAUACCAAAUCUUUUUAUACCAACUUUUCUUUAUACCAACCUUUCUUUAUACCAACUUUUUUUAUACCAACUUUUCUUUAUACCAACUUUUUUUAUACCAACUUUUCUUUAUACCAACUUUUAUUUCUACCAAAUCUUCUUUAUACCAAUUUUUAUAUCAACUUUUCUUUAUAUCAAAUAUUAUAUUAUAUCAACUCUUAUACCAUCUAUUCUUUAUACCAACUCUUCUUUAUAUCAACAUUUCUUUAUACCAACAUUUCUUUAUACCAACAUUUCUUUAUACCAACUUUUCUUUAUACCAAAUUUUUAUACCAACUCUUAUUUAUACCAUCUCUUAUUUAUACCAAAUUUUCUAUAUACCAACAUUUAUUUCUGCCAAAUCUUGUUUAUACCAAUUUUUUAUAUCAACUUUUCUUUGUAUCAAAUCUUAUAUUAUACCAACUGUUCUUAUACCAACUCUUCUUCAUACCAAAUUUUUUUUAUACCAACCUUUCUUUUAUACAGACUGUUUUUUAUACCAAAUCUUUUUAUACCAACUGUUCUUUGUACUAACUGUUCUUUAUACCAAAACUUUUUUUACCAUUUUUUCUUUUAUAUCAAAUCAUUUUAUACCAACUUUUCUUUUAUACCAAAUCUUCUUCAUACCAACUGUUCUUUAUACCAUCUCUUCUUUAUGUCAAAUCUUUUAUAUAACCACUUUUCUUUUAUACCAAAUCUUCUUUAUACCAACUGUUCUCUAUACCAAAUCUUUUUUCUACCAACUCUUCUUUAUACCAAUUCCUAUUCAUACCAAUUCCUAAUUUUUUUCUUCCUCUCUGUUCGCUCGGAGGCAGAUAUCUCUCGGACGAGAAAUAUCUUUGUUUUCUUUCUCUCUCUAUAUUUCCACUUCUUCAUAUCUAUCUCAGAGUCUGUUCAUAUCUAUCUAUCUAUCUAUCUAUCUAUCUUUCCUUUCUCUCUCUCUCCUUUCUCUAUUUCCACUUCUUCAUAUCUAUCUCUGAGUCUGUUCAUAUCUAUCUAUCUAUCUAUCUAUCUAUCUAUCUAUCUAUCUAUCUACUUUUCCUUUCUCUCUCUCUCCUUUCUCUCUCAAUAUUUCCACUUCUUCAUAUCUAUCUCUGAGUCUGUUCAUAUCUAUCUAUCUAUCUAUCUAUCUAUCUAUCUAUCUAUCUACUUUUCUUUCUCUCUCUCCUUUCUCAAUAUUUCCACUUCUUCAUAUCUAUCUCUGAUCUGUUCAUAUCUAUCUAUCUAUCUAUCUAUCUAUCUAUCUAUCUAUCUAUCUAUCUAUCUAUCUACUUUUCCUUUCUCUCUCUCUUCUAUCUCUUUCUAUCUAUUUCCACUUCUUCAUAUCUAUCUCUUAGUCUGUUCAUAUCUAUCUAUCUAUCUAUCUAUCUAUCUAUCUAUCUCUAUCUUUUCCUUUCUCUCUCUCUCCUUUCUCUCUCUAUAUUUCCACUUCUUCAUAUCUAUCUAUCUAUCUAUCUAUCUAUCUAUCUAUAUCUAUCUAUCUAUCUACUUUUCCUUUCUCUCUUUCUCUCUAUCCUUUCUCUCUAUAUCUAUUUCCACUUCUUCAUAUCUAUCUCUUAGUCUGUUCAUUAUCUAUCUAUCUAUCUAUCUAUCUAUCUAUCUAUCUAUCUAUCUAUCUAUCGCUGUUUUUGUCAUUAACGCAAAUAAAUAUUGUUCGUCUGUUAUUCUUACUUUCUAUCUCUCUUUCUUUUUCUCUUUCUUUCUUUCUUUCUUUCGUUCAUUUCCACAUUUCUAUUUAAUCUUAUUUCAUUUUACAUACUUUCUUUUUCCUUAUUUCUUUUCUUUUUCUUUCCGUUUCUGUAAAAUUUCAAACGUUUUCACUUUUUCACUUUUUCUCAUUCGUUACUUAUUGAGUUGUUUCAUUCAUUUCUAUUUUUCUUUUUCUUUUUCUUUCUUUUUCUUUCCGUUUUACAUUCUUUCCUGGUCGACUUUCUUUCUUUAUUCUAUCUUGUCAUGUAAAAUUUCUAUCAUUUUUCACUUUCUUCAUUUCUUUCUUUCGUUCUCACUCUUUCUUUUCUUUUUAUUUCAUUUUCUUCUCCUUUUUACAUUGCUUCUUUUUUCUCCUUUUAUUUUUCUAUCUUCUCAUCUAAAAUGGAAAUCAUUUACACGUUUCUCUUCUUUCUUUCUUUCUUUCUUUGGAAUGCUUUCAUUCUUUCUUUUUUUCUCUUUUCUUUUCUCUUCUUUUUUUACACGCUUCUAUUUCCACUCCUUUGGAAUUCUUUCUUUCUUUCUUUCUUUCUUUCUUUCUUUCUUUCUUUCUUUCUUUCUUAGGAAUGAUUUCAUUCUUUCUUUUCUUUUCUUUUCUUUUCUUUUCUUUUCUUUUCUUACACGCUUUUAUUUCCACUCCUUUGAAAGUCUUUCUUUCUUUCUUUCUUUCUUUCUUUGGAAUGAUUUCAUUCUUUCUUUUCUUUUCUUUUCUUUUCUUUUCUUUUCUUACACGCUUUUAUUUCCACUCCUUUGGAAGAAUGAUUUCAUUCUUUCUUUUCUUUUCUUUUCUUUUCUUUUCUUACACGCUUUUAUUUCCACUCCUUUGAAAGUCUUUCUUUCUUUCUUUCUUUCUUUCUUUCUUUCUUUCUUUCUUUCUUUCUUUCUUUGGAAUGAUUUCAUUCUUUCUUUUCUUUUCUUUUCUUUUCUUUUCUUUUCUUUUCUUUUCUUACACGCUUUUAUUUCCACUCCUUUGGAAGUCUUUCUUUCUUUCUUUCUUUCUUUCUUUCUUUCUUUCUUUCUUUCUUUCUUUCUUUUCUUUGAUUUCAUUUUUCUUUUCUUUUCUUUUCUUUUCUUUUCUUUUCUUUUCUCUUCUUUUCUUACACGCUUUUAUUUCCACUCCUUUGAAAGUCUUUCUUUCUUUCUUUCUUUCUUUCUUUCUUUCUUUCUUUCUUUCUUUCUUCUCAUUUUACUAUUCAGUCGUAUUAUUUUUUUCCUUCCAUUCUUUCUUUUCAUUUCGAGUUUUCAACUCUCUCAUUUGAAUUCUUCUUCGCAUCUAUUUUCUAUGAUUUUUGCAUCAGUUCAUAUAAACCCAUCUACCUUUCAUUCGCAAAAUAGCAGUGCAUUUUCUUUCUUUCUUUCUUUUAACUUCCAUUGGUUGAUCAUUCUAUCUUUCUUUCUUUCUUUCUUUCUUUCUUUCUUUUUUUCUUUUAGCUUCCAUUGGUUGAUCAUUCUAUCUCUUUUUCUUACAUGCGCUUUCUUUCUUUCUUUCUUUAUUUAUUUAUCUAUUUUACAAUUUAACCUAAAUAUAUCGUUGUUUUUCAUCACAAUUUUAUAUUUUCUUUAUAUUUCACUUUCCUCAUCUUUCUCUCAUUCUCGCUUUCAAAUAUAA